UACAAAUAUUAACGACGCAAUUAGCAUAGCCAGGAUCACGUGUUUCACCCUCCAAUGGUGUAGUGCAGGCGUUUGCCAAGAUGGCGGUGACGCGGUACCGGCGCUUCUUGAAGCUCUGCGAGGAAUGGCCCGUGGAGGAGACCAAGCGCGGGCGUGACUUGGGCACUUUUCUGCGGCAGCGGGUGGCGCAGGCCUUCCGCGAGGGAGAAAAUACGCAGAUUUCUGAUCCAGGGACUUGCGAUGAAAUAUUUGAGAGUUUAGCCAGAAUCCAUACCAACUAUUAUAAAAACAAGUAUCCACGUUUGAAAGAUACAAGCUUUACUGGGGUGACAGUAGAAGAAUGCCAGAUAAUCCUUGCAACAGAUAGCUUGAAACAGAUGGAAGAAGCAAAGAAAGGAAAAUGGACAAAGUUACGUGAAAAAUUCUCUGCCAAGAAUUCUGAAGAAGAUUCCAAAUGAUAACUUUUUCACCCUAACAGAUUUUCCUAAAACACUUUACUUCAGCUUUAUGAAACAAGUUUUUUUUUCCAUUUGCUUACAUAUGAUGAUGUUGAACUUUCUUAAACAAGAGAGAUGGUUUUGGCAUCUCAUCUCAAAACUGCUUGUCUUUCAGGGACAGUGCUUUGGGUAUUGAUGAACACGUGGGGAGAAGCUACUCUGGAUUGAGACAAGAAAGUCCCCCACUUGGUUAAUUAGUUUAUGAGAGGAUAUUAGGAAGUCUUUAGAUAUAUUUGCAGAACACUGUGGUGACAUGGUUGCCAUUCUUAGACUAGGUGUUUCUGUGUUCUUUGGAGAGAGGCAUAUAUGUUGUUGAAUAUCAUCUUGCAGUUGAUGUGCAAUUGUAUUUCACAACUUUUUAGAGUUCAAAGAAAAUAUUCCCAACCAAAUAUGGACACUAUACUGGAUAGAGGUGUGGCCUUGUCUUACUCCCUUUUAAUGACUUCGUGUGGUUUUAUUGGAAUGCCAGGUGCUGUAAAAAAAGGGUUACAGUAGAUAAGCUGCCCAAAAUAAAUUGUCUACCAUCCCCUACAAUACAAA